AUGUUAAGUGGUUGUGCGCUAGCUUCAGAAGAACUAGAUGAUCUGUUCUUUAAAUAUGGAUUGGAACUUGACGAAAUCGUCCAUGAAAAUCUAGAAAUCCAGAAAGGGAAUCAACGAAAAUCGGUUGAAGAAGAAAUUUAUAAAAUCGAAUUACCUGCAAAUCGAUAUGAUUUAUUAUCAAUUGAAGGUCUUUCACGAGCCAUUCUUAUAUUUAAUCAGCAGCUGAAUCCACCAAAAUAUAGUUUAUCAAAUGCUGAGCAGAAAGAACGCAUUAUUAUUUUACCAGAGACAGCUGCUGUACGUCCUUUUAUAGUGGGCGCUAUUCUUCGAAAUGUGACUUUAGAUUCGGAUGCAUAUGCUUCAUUUCUUGAUUUACAAGAUAAACUUCAUCAAAAUAUUUGCCGAAAACGAACAUUGGUUGCUAUAGGUACACAUGAUUAUGAUACCAUCAAGGGUCCAUUCAAAUAUGGGGCUGAAAUUCCGUCAGAAAUUCGUUUUCAGCCUCUCGGCCAGACUAAAGAAUAUACAGCAGAAGAGUUAAUGAUCUUAUAUUCGAAUUCAACUCUUUUUCAGAACGAUAGCCAUUUAAAACCAUAUCUUCGCAUUAUCUCCAAUAAAAAACACUAUCCAAUUAUUCGUGAUAGUCGAGGAAUCGUACUUUCAAUGCCGCCGAUAAUUAAUGGUGAACAUUCCAGAAUAACUUUGAACACAAAGAAUAUAUUUAUUGAAGCAACGGCCACCGAUCUUGAAAAAGCAAUAAUUGUGUUAGAUACUAUUGUGGCAUUAUUUAGCCAAUAUUGUAAAGUUCCUUUUCAGUUAGUUUAUAUCAGGAAUAUCAAUAAAAGAAUCGGAGUUUGCAUGAAUUAUGAUGAAAUAAUGGCAUAUUUAUCACGAAUGUCGAUAUCAUGUCGCAAAUUGGCUGAAGAAUAUAAAUUAGAAGUUACUGUGCCACCAACACGACAUGAUAUAUUACAUGAAUGCGAUAUCGCUGAAGAUAUAGCUAUUGCUUAUGGGUAUAACAAUAUUCAACAGCAGCUUCCAAAUAUUAAUACUAUUGCUGAACCGUUUCCCUUGAAUAAGUUAUCUGAUCUUAUUCGAUUUGAAAUUGCUGCUGCUGGGUGGACAGAAACUUUAAAUUUUGCCUUAUGUAGCGGUGAUGAUAUAUCAUCAAAGCUUAGAAGAAUAGAAGAGCUGAAUGAAGCUGUUAAAAUUUCUAAUCCAAAAAAUUCAGAGUUUCAGGUGGCUAGAACAUCUCUUCUGCCUGGUUUAUUAAAAACAAUUGCAUCUAACAAAGAUAUGCCUUUACCUCUCCAGUUGUUUGAACUACAGGAUGUAGUGCUAAAAUGUUCUUUGUCUGAUGUUGGUGCUCGUAAUGAACGUAGGCUAGCUGCAGUUUAUUAUAACAAAACAUCUGGAUUCGAGACAAUUCAUGGGUUGCUUGAUCGACUUAUGUUGUCGUUAGCCAUAAAAUGGUCAAAAGAUGGUACUGGCUACUAUAUAAGUGCGCAUGAUAAUCCAACGUUUCUGCCCGGCCGUUGUGCAAAGGUAAUCGGUCCAAAGAAUAUUACGCUUGGAACUUUAGGAGUUUUACAUCCUGAUGUCAUUGUUUCAUUUGGCCUAAAUAAGCCAUUAUCAGCUUUCGAAAUUAAUAUUGAACCGCAAGGGAUGUAUGCUGACUGUUUAUUAAUUAUUUUUAUAGCAACAUUUACUGCAUUAUUUGGCGAAUUGCUGACGUAUUUACUUGUUUACCGAAGUGAUCAAUAUAAAAGGCUGAAAAAUGAAAUGGAAAGGAAAACGAAAAAACUUGAAAGGAGGAAAGAAAUAACUGUUGAAGCAGAUCGAAAUGCAAAGCGGAAAAUUGAACGCGAAGAAGAAAAAUUGAAAGCAACAAACCGAGAUAUGAAUAUAUUCAAAAUGAAAAGUAUGCUGGCCAUUGGUUUCGCCUUUACUGCAUUACUAUCGACUUUUUCUUCGAUUUUUGAUGGAAAAAUUGUCGCAAAACUACCAUUCACUCCUAUUUCAUGGCUUCAAGGCCUUUCUCACAGGAAUCUUAUGGGCGAUGAUUACACAGAUUGCUCUUUCAUCUUUUUGUAUAUACUUUGUACGAUGAGUAUUCGCCAAAAUUUACAAAAACUGCUAGGAUUUGCACCAUCACGAGCGAUGAAUCGACAAGCACAACCAAAUUUUUUUGGCGCUUCUACGGCAUCAACAAACUUUAGUUACUUACGAUAG